CAUAAUUGUAUGGCCAGGGCGGGUGUUAACGCCGCCUUCGGUAACCGGAUGAUAAGGGCCCGCUGUGGAGGCUGCGUGGCAGGACGGUGCCGGCGGCUCCAGCAGCACGCUCUGGCUGGGCGAUGGCAAACGCGAGGAGGAUCGAGGACUGCCUGCCCCCGCUGGAGGACUCCCCAUCCAAGAGGUUCUCCCCCUCCAAGCGAAAGCAAUAUUAUAUCAACAAGGCCAUCCGCAACUCGGACCUCAUCCCCAGGGCCAAGGGGCGCAAGAGCCUGCAGAGGCUGGAGAACAGGCCUUUGCUCUUUCCCCCAGCUCGCUACCUGAUGACACUUCUGGAGCGAGAUGAAUGCGUGAGCGACGAGGGAGAGCUCGCCCACUCCGCCACCCCGAGCAUCUUCACCGAGGCCUGUAACAACGAGACCUACGUGGAGAUCUGGAAUGACUUCAUGAACCGGUCGGGAGAAGAGCAAGAGCGAGUCCUGCUCUAUCUGGAGGAGGAGGCCAGGAAGAAGCACAAGAGGAAGCUGCCCAUCAAGAACGAGGACAAGUGGAAAGAGCACCCUGCCUACACCCCCAAGGAGUGCUUCCAGCGCAUCAGCCGCCGCCUGCGCUCCACCCUGAAGCGGGGCCGGAUCCCCAUGGGGACGCUGGAGGGCCUGGAGGAAGAGCUGCUGGCCUUCUUCUCCGUCACCCCUCACUCGGUCUACACAGCGCUGAUGGACAACAGCUUCGAGCGACUCCUGCUCCACGCGCUCUGCCAGUACAUGGACCUCGUCUCUGCCAGUAAGAGCCCCACGCUUGUUUGUUUGGUUUUGGUUUUGUUGUUGUUUUUCCUCUUCUCUUCAUCGCUAUCUCUGCCCUGCAGCUCAGCCUCCUCCUCCCCUUCGCCCCCCAGCCCCACCUCGCGCUGCAGCUCGCCGAUAACGCUGCUCUCCCGCCCAAAGCUGCCCCCGGAGCCUCGGCUGUGGCGGCGGCGCCGCUUUGCCAGCGCGGGUGGGCGAGAUCGGGCGCUGCCGGGGGUUGAGCCCAGCAGCCGGGGGGGGUCUGCCAGGCCCAGCUCUGCCCGGGAGCGCCUCGUUGGCCAAGGUCUUGUUGCCAAGGCAGGGGAGGAGAGGCACCAGGCUCCGUCCCUGCGGAGGAGUCUUCGCUGCUGA